AUGAUGGUAAUAAAAAUAUUCAAAUCUAGUCGGAUACCCGGUUAUUUAAGAGAAGAUAAUACUUUAGAAAUCCCAAUAAAGCUUGAUGCAAAAAUCCAUAUUCAAGAAUCGGAAUUAGGCAAUUUCUUCUCUACUCCUCAAUCUUUUCUUUCAAGUUCUGAGAGGAACCACAAGCUACCAAUAUCCGGAGUGUCUGGGCAGUCCUACGGUUCUUCAAAUGACUACCACAAACCGCAUUCAAAUCUCCAGUAUCCAGGAUAUGAUUCCCCAGAGUUCCAGAAGCAGUCAAAUUAUAACCAGGAUAAAAACAGUGAGGAAUAUACUUCAAGGCCAAAUCAAGGCUAUAAACCACCAAGUGAGCUAAAAAAUGUGUACGAGCCUCCCUCCAAUCAAGGAUUUGAGCCACCUAAAAAGCUAUAUGAACCACCAAGUGAGCCAAAGAACUUAUAUGAAAAUCACCCAAAUCCAGGAUAUGAGCAACCUAAAAAGCUCUAUGAACCACCAAGUGACCCAAAGAAUUUGUAUGAGCCACCUCCUAAUCAAGGAUAUGAGCCACCUAAAAAGCUCUAUGAGCCUCCAAGUGAGCCAAAAAAUCUAGAUGAGCCCACUAAAAAGCUUUAUGAACCACCAAGUGGGCCAAAGAAUAUAUAUGAGCCACAUCCUAAGCAAGAAUAUGAGCCACCUAAAAAGGUCCAAGAAACACCAAGUGAGCCAACAAAUUUUUAUGAGCCUCCCCAUUAUUUAGGAUAUGAGCCACCUAAAGAGCUUUAUGAACCACCAAGUGAGCCAAAGAGUUUAUAUGAGCCACCUCCUAAUCAAGGUUAUGAGCCUCCUAAAAAGCUUUAUGAACCACCAAGUGAGCCAAAGAGUUUAUAUGAGCCACCUCCUAAUCAAGGUUAUGAGCCUCCUAAAAAGCGUUAUGAACCACCAAUUGAGCCAAAGAAUUUAUAUGAGGCACCUAAAAAGCUCUAUGAGCCACCAAGUGAGCAAAAGCAUCUUUAUGAGCCACCUAAAAAGCUCUAUGAGCCACCAAGUAAGCAAAAAAAAAUGUCUGAGCCACCUCCUAACCAAGGAUAUGAGCCACCGAAAGAUCUCUAUGAACCACCAAGUGAGCUAAAGAAUUCAUAUGAUCCACCUAAAAAGCUCUAUGAACUACCAAGUGACCGAAAGAAUUUAUAUGGGCCACCUCUUAAUCAAGGAUAUGAGCCACCUAAAAAGCUCUAUGAACAACCAAGUGAGCCAAAGAAUCUAUAUGGGCCACCUCUUAAUCAAGGAUAUGAACCACCUAAAAAGCUCUAUGAACAACCAAGUGAGCCAAAGAAUCUAUAUGAGCCACCUUCUAAUGAAGGAUAUAAGCCACCUGAAAAGCUCUAUGAACCACCAAGUGAGCCAAAGAAUCUAUAUGAGCCACCUUCUAAUCAAGGAUAUAAGCCACCUGAAGAGCUCUAUGAACCACCAAGUAAGCCAAAGAAUUUAUAUGAGCCACCACCUAAUCAAGGAUAUGAGCCACCUAAAAAGCUCUAUGAACCACCAAGUGAGCCAAAGAAUCUAUAUGAGCCACCUUCUAAUCAUGGAUAUAAGCCACCUGAAAAGCUCUAUGAACCACCAAGUGAGCCAAAGAAUUUAUAUGAGCCACCUCGUAAUCAAGGAUAUGAGCCACCUAAAAAGCUCUAUGAACCACCUAGUGAGCCAAAUAAAUUAUAUGAGCCACCUCCUAAUCAAGAUCAUGAGCCUCCAAUUGAGCCCUAUGGACCAGUAAGUAAGCCUAAGGAUAUUUAUGAGCCCUCAAGUGAACCUAAGAAUCUAUAUGAAUCACUCCAUAUACAAAAGCACCCAAAGGAUGAGUAUUCAGGUUCCAAGGAGCAGACGGAGUUAUCUUUCUUUCAAUCCUUGCACCACCACUCAGCUAAACAAAAAACUGAUAAACAAAUAGAACAUGAUAAUCCUGAAGGAUAUGGUCCUCAUGAUAACCCAACUCCAGGGGGGUAUGAGGACAGAGAGAGUCUACCUACUGGAUAUGAUUACAAACCUCCGGAUGGAUAUGAUUCAGAUGAUAAUCCAACUUUCCCACAUAAACCACAUCUACAAAAGGAACAUAAUGGUUACAAUUACAAACCUCCAGAUGGAUUCAACCCUGAUCAUAAUCCAACUUUCCCACACCAGGAAUCAAAACACGAUAAUUAUAAAGAAAACAAUGAACACUACAAGUACGAGGCACCCGAGGGAUAUUCACCAAACUUAAAUCCAACAUUUCCAAACAAGAACGAAGUUGCAAAUAAACAGAAUCAUUUACCAGAAGGAUAUGAUUACAGGACACCUCAAGGAUAUUUACCAGCAGAUAAUCCAACAUUUCCUAAUAAAGAGGAUACAACAGAGGAUACAGGAUACAAGUACAAUCCUCCAAAUGGAUACAAUGCUGAUAGCAAUCCUACUUUUCCGAUAAAGAAGGAAGAAACAGGAUAUAAAUAUAAUCCUCCAAAAGGAUACAGUGCUGAUAAUAAUCCUACUUUCCCUGAAAAGGAAAAAGAAACAGGAUAUAAAUAUAAUCCUCCGAAAGGUUACAAAGCUGAUGACAAUCCCACUUUUCCUGAAAAGGAAAAAGAAACAGGAUAUAAAUACAAUCCUCCGAAAGGUUACAAAGCUGAUGACAAUCCCACUUUUCCUCAAGCGGAAGAGGAUACAGGAUACAAGUACAAUCCUCCGAAAGGAUACACCGCGGAUGGCAAUCCUACUUUUCCUAAAGCAGAAGAGGAUACAGGAUAUAAAUAUAAUCCUCCAAAAGGAUACACCGCAGAUGACAAUCCCACUUUCCCAAAAAAGGAAGAAAAAGAAUCAGGAUAUGAAUAUAAUCCUCCGAAGGGUUACACCGCAGAUGAGAAUCCUACUUUCCCGAAAAAGGAAGAAGAAGUAUCAGGAUAUGAAUACAAUCCUCCGAAAGGAUACAACGCUAACGAAAACCCAACCUUCCCGAAAGAAAACAAUCCUUCAAAAAAGAAGUUUAAACCUAAACCUCUAAACCUUCCUCCAACAGGAUAUGAUUACUCUCCUCCGGAAAAUUAUGAUCCGAAUGAAAAUCCAACUUUCCCCAAGAGUUUGUACAGUGCUCCUGAGAAGGAAGAGGAGCAGGAGUUUAAAUCUCCCGAAGGAUAUAAACAUCCAACAACAAAGGUUUAUACAGCAGAUAAUAACCCUACCUUUCCUCAACAUAGAUUUAGUAUAAUAAUAAAGAACAAAGAUAAACCUCCUACAGAGCUGAGGAUAGGAGCUCAAGGAGAACACAGGGUUAUUCAACAACCAGACUCAAUAUACAAUACACCAAAGUCUUCAUACAAAUCACCGGAAUCUGCGUAUAAACCACCAGAAAAUGAGCACAAACCGCCAGAUAAUGCAUAUAAAUCACCAGAUUCUGCAUAUAAAUCACCAGAAUCUGAAUACGAAUCACCAGAAUCUGAGUAUAAGUCACCAGAAAAUACGUAUAAAUCACCAGAAAAUGCAUAUAAAUCACCGGAAAUAGCGUAUAAGUCAUCAGAAUCUACGUACAAAUCACCAGAAACUGCGUAUAAACCACCAGAAAAUGAUCACAAAUCACCAGUCACUGCAUUCAAAUCACCAAGUUCCAAAUAUUCUGAUGAUGUAAAGCCGACCUAUCCUGAGAUCACAACACGAUCCAACCCGUACCAGGAGGCUGGAGUACAUAGGCCUGGUACAGGGGAAUCCUAUGGUACAGAGAACCCACAGAUUGCUACCUACUCAACUCCUACCAACACUCUUUACAGACAUGAAUACUUGAGUCCAAGGGAACAGGAUAUUGAUUAUAUUGUAAAUUCGGAGAAAACAAUAACAAAAGGACCCGAAGUACUUUACAGUACACCAAAGGAGGAAGUUGAGGGAAGAGUACAUGAGAUUCUAGAAGGAACUGAACAGCUUCUAUUUUCCUUCCUGAUACCCUCUACCCUCGCACAAGCCAAUAAUAUUGCUGAAAUUCAGAAACUUGUAACCCAGGGAUGUCUAGGUCUCCCUCGUAAACUUUUAUUUGUGGAUAAUGUAGCUCAGCUGCCAUAUAGGAUUGGAGAUAUGAAGGGAAAAAUCUCUGAGCUUAUAAUUCAACUACAGCAUUUACAAGAAAACAAUUAUAGGAUAUCAGAUUAUGAAGAUAUCCAGAAUACAUUUAGAAGAAUAGAUUCAUCUACAUCAAAGCUAUGCAAGGGUCCUUCUAGUCUACCAGUUUUAGCUGUAGAUCUACAGAAACAUUGUAAUCUACUUCAGGAUGCCAAGGUUGUUACCAUUUUUAACAUGAUUGCUGUUCCUUGUUUUGUUUAUCAGGGUGCUGUUGAUAUACUUGGAGAUAAAAUAUCUAGAUUACGAGAAUAUUAAUUGUGAAUAAAAAGUUCUUGGAUAUUAUUUUAACCCUCUUCUACAAGAACGGCGUGGAUCUUGAAGACGAUCUGAUAUUUAUAUCUGAUAUUUUUUGACCAAUUAAUGAAAAAUAAUGUCAAGCCACAAUUUUAUUAUACUUCUUCUAGUCAAUCUAUGUGUAAAUACAUAUUAUUUUUACCAUU